AUGUAUCCCCGAAUUCAGGAAGAAGGUUGUAAGAAGUCACUAAUCUCUACAAGAAUUGUUGGAGGCCAACCAGCCUCUGAGGGGUCAUGGCCUUGGCAAGCGGGCCUUUCAAUAUCCAACACAACUUUUUGUGGUGGAACUCUCAUAGACAAGAAUUGGGUGCUGACAGCUGCUCAUUGCAUUGCCUGGCUCCCUAAAGGCUUUGAUAAAAUUUUUGUGGGGCUAGGUGACUACCAACUCAUGAACCCUUCAAAUAACUCAAAGAAAUUUGCCAUCCGACGGAUUAUUCCUCAUCCUAAAUUCACAGCUAAUGACUUCGUGUAUGACAUUGCUUUGCUGGAGCUAAACAACACUGUGGAGUUCACCAAAUACAUCUUGCCUAUGUGUCUCCCAAAGUCUUCUGUGAAGUUCCCUGACAAUACCAGCUGCUGGGUCACUGGAUGGGGAACAACAAAAUAUAACGUGGACCUGAAGCCUCCCCAAACCCUUCAAGAAGUGGAAGUGUCUAUCAUCAAUACAGAUUUAUGCAACUCUGUCUACAACCCACUCAAUAUUACAAUAUUGCCCAGUAUGAUCUGUGCUGGUAGCUUAAAAGGGGGCAAAGAUUCCUGUCAGGGUGAUUCCGGAGGACCUAUGGUUUGCCAAUGUGAUGGAGGUGAAAAUUGGCUCUUGGCUGGGAUUGUGAGCUUUGGGUUAGGCUGCGGCCUAGCCGGUGUGCCUGGUGUCUACACUUCAGUAGCAUACUAUGCUGAUUGGAUCCAGCUACACAUAUCCCAGAUAAAAGUUUCAGAGGGCACACGUGAAAGUAAUAGCAUAGGGCACAGUACCCCUGCUUUUAGUGUAGGGAACAGUACCCCUGCUUUUAGUGUAGGGAACAGUACCCCUGCUUUUAGUGUAGGGAACAGUACCCCUGCUUUUAGUGUAGGGAACAAUACCCCUGCUUUUAGUGUAGGGAACAGUAUCCCUGCUUUUAGUGUAGGGCACAAUACCAUGCUUUUUCUGAUAUCUGUCAAAUUGAUCUUCUUCUGA